CGUGAAUUAGGCAUAAAUUUGCUGCGCGGAAUAUAUUCAUAAGUCUAUGAAUAGGGAAUGUUUGUGGACUAUAUAUUCCUUUAUAAAACGUAUGUGUUGUCGUUCCUGGAGUUUCACUAACUGAACUAAGUAGAAAAGCCAAUCUACUUGUGACAGACAGUGCGCGCAGAAAAUCACGAUCGAAUAACUUACGUUUCAUUUCUGCAACAUUAUGCUAUUGGAUUUUGCAAGAGUCAUUCAAAGGGAGAUAACUGCCGUGUGACGGAAUCUAUUUGCUCAUUUCAUAUCCCUCCGCCGCGUUCGGAUAAUCCAAGAUGGCGUGGCAGCCGGAGGAGAGUGGUCUUCGGCAAAUAUUACAGCUGUUGAAAGAAUCGCAGUCUCCAGAUACAGCCACGCAACGCGCCGUUCAACAAAAAUUGGAAGAGCUCAAUAGGUAUCCAGACUUCAACAAUUACCUAAUUUUUGUUCUCACCAAGUUGAAAUCUGAAGAUGAUCCAACGAGAUCCUUGAGUGGUUUGAUUUUGAAGAACAAUGUUCGUGCCCAUUUUGAGAAGUUUCCUCCAGAGGUAACAUCCUUCAUAAAGCAAGAAUGCCUGAACAGUAUUGGAGACCCUUCCCCACUCAUAAGGGCCACCAUUGGAAUUCUUGUUACAACAAUUGUUGCCAAGGGGGAACUGCGCAAUUGGCAGGAUUUGUUACCAACACUCUGCCAGUGCUUGGAUUCUGAAGACUAUAAUGUUUGUGAGGGAGCAUUUGGUGCGUUGCAGAAGAUUUGUGAGGACUCAGCAGAGUCACUGGACAGUGAUGUGGUCAGCAGGCCUCUCAAUGUCCUUAUUCCUAAGUUCCUGCAGUUCUUCCGCCACCAGAGCCCUAAGAUCAGGUCCCAUGCCAUAGCUUGUGUGAACCAGUUCAUCAUUGGCCGAACACAAGCACUGAUGAUUCACAUUGACACCUUCAUUGAGAACCUGUUUUUCCUGGCAACGGAUGAAGACCAGGAGGUCAGGAAGAAUGUGUGCCGGGCGCUCGUCAUGCUGGUGGAGGUCAGGAUGGACAGGCUAAUGCCACACAUCAACAACAUUAUUGAGUACAUGAUGAUGCGGACCCAAGAUGAUGAUGACACAGUAGCCCUGGAGGCUUGCGAGUUCUGGCUGUCACUGGCAGAACAGCCCAUCUGUAAGGAUGUUCUGGCACCACACAUCGAAAAACUGGUCCCUGUCCUCGUCAAGGGAAUGAAGUAUUCGGAGAUUGAUAUAAUACUGCUGAAGGGAGACGUGGAGGAGGAUGAGAUGAUCCCAGACAAGGAAUCUGACAUCAAACCUCGCUUCCACAAGUCCAAGACACACAGCCAGAAGCACCAGGAAGGAGACGAGGAUGGUGAGGGAUCAGACGACGGCUAUGAUGAUGACGACAGUCUGUCAGACUGGAACCUUCGAAAGUGUUCUGCAGCUGCUCUGGAUGUUCUAGCUAAUGUGUUCCAUGAAGAGAUCCUUCCAGUUCUUCUUCCUAUUCUGAAGGAGACUCUGUUCCACACGGAUUGGGAGAUCAAGGAAUCUGGCAUUCUUGUAUUGGGAGCUAUCGCUGAAGGCUGUAUGAAUGGCAUGAUUCCACAUCUGCCAGAGCUUAUCCCUUACCUGAUACGCUGUCUGUCGGACAAGAAGGCGCUGGUUAGAUCCAUCACGUGUUGGACGCUCAGCAGAUAUGCUCAUUGGGUUGUGGGGCAACCGCAUGAAAACUUUCUAAAACCUUUAAUGGAAGAGCUGUUGAAGCGGGUGCUGGAUGCCAACAAGCGAGUCCAGGAGGCAGCCUGUUCAGCGUUUGCCACCCUGGAGGAGGAAGCUUGUACAGAACUGGUUCCCUAUCUCGGAUUUAUCCUAGAAACACUGGUCUUUGCAUUUUCCAAGUAUCAGCAUAAGAACCUGCUCAUCCUUUAUGAUGCUAUUGGAACUCUUGCAGACUCUGUCGGCCACCAUCUGAACAAACCAGAAUAUGUCAACUUGUUGAUGCCACCUCUUAUACAGAAGUGGAACAUGCUAAAGGAUGAGGACAAGGAUCUCUUCCCUCUGUUGGAGUGCUUAUCGAGUGUGGCUACUGCCCUGCAGUCUGGCUUCUUGCCCUACUGUGAACCUGUGUACAGAAGAUGUGUCUCGCUGGUCGAACAGACUCUCAACCAAAACUAUAACAUGAGCACGCCUGACCACUAUGACCCACCGGACAAAGACUUCAUGAUCGUGGCGUUGGACCUGCUGAGUGGUCUGGCUGAAGGUCUGGAGCACCACAUAGAGAGCCUGGUGGCCAACAGCAAUAUUCUCAAACUCCUCUUCCAGUGUAUGCAGGACCCUAUGCCGGAGGUUCGACAGAGCUCUUUCGCCCUUCUCGGAGACCUGACCAAAGCUUGUUUCCAGCAUGUCAGACCAUGCAUAGGAGACUUCAUGCCAAUCUUAGGAAACAACUUGAACCCAGAAUUCAUAUCUGUCUGCAACAACGCUACAUGGGCCAUUGGCGAGAUUUCAAUAAAGAUGGGUGCCGACAUGCAGCCCUAUGUCCAGCUGGCCCUGGGUCAUCUUGUGGAUAUUAUCAACCGACCCAACACCCCUAAAACACUCCUGGAGAACACGGCCAUAACAAUUGGUCGCCUUGGUUUAGUAUGUCCGCAAGAAGUCGCCCCUAUGUUACAACAGUUUAUCAGGCAGUGGUGCACAUCAUUGCGCAACAUUCGAGACAACGAAGAGAAGGACUCUGCGUUCCGCGGUAUCUGUCUGAUGAUUGGGGCAAACCCAGCCGGAGUCGUGCAGGACUUCAUCUUCUUCUGUGAUGCUGUUGCAUCAUGGGUGCACCCCAAACCUGACCUGAAGGAAAUGUUCUACAAAAUCCUACAUGGUUUCAAGAAUCAAGUCGGGGAAGAAAACUGGUCCAAGUUCUCUGACCAGUUCCCCCAGCCUCUUCGCGAACGCCUAGCUGUCAACUACGGGGUCUGAACAGCUGCUAUCAUCAGUAAAGGGGGCAAACCGGGAAGGUGCUCACAAAUCGCGGUGAGCACCAAGGGGCCGCGGGGGUUGGCAAGGGGAGGGCCAGCUCGAGGGGGGGCCCUGCAGCACAUGCAGCAGCGCCAAGGUCACAUGACCGCCAUGUGACCACAAAACCGAGCUGUCAGUGCAGCACCUAACUGAUCUGCGGGUGGGACGCGUUACGGGAGGGAUCAUCGUACAUCGUACAUCGUCAAUGUGUCCUCUGUGUUUGACAGGAAUGUUAGAACAUCUUUCUUGCAUGUAAACUAGGUACUACUUGACAAACAACUCAUUAUUGAUACAAGAUAGCAAGGGGAAUAGCUUAAUCCAAUCAACUACAGCUUUUCUAGACAAGCAUGAUUCUCUUGAAUGUUGUAACCACCCCGCUGUAUGGUGAACGUCCCAACCAAAUGUUAUACAUGGUUGAUGUGACUUGUGCACAAUCCAAUCUAUUGCAUGUUGUUAGUUGUCAAGCCAAGCCAAGACAUGGCAUGCAUGCAUGGAAAUUUAUUCAUAAGUCUGGUUAUGUAUUCUACUUGAAAUUUGUUCAUCAUUAGGAGGGGGUAAGGUGGUUUCAGAAAAGUCUCCUAUACGAUUUGUUACCCCAAUAGAAGAUAAACCCUUAAAACGGCAAAUUGUCUGAUUAUUUUAGAAUGAAGAGCUUUAAAUCCCCCUUUAUUUAUGGAUUAUUUAUUAUUAUUCAUAUUUUUGGGGAUACAUUUUUUUGGGCAGAGGGGGUAUAUAUGAAAACACACACCCAAAAGUGAAAAGGAAUUUUUUUAAGAACCGAGAACAGCGACUAUUUGCUAUUCAUGUUUCUGUUAGUGUCAAAAGCAAAUUUUAUUGAAAGUUCUCAACUAUUUCCAAUGUUUUUAUUGUUUGUAGAUCACUAGGAUCAGACUUUGGUCCACAGCUGAAAUUACCUACAUUGAUUUAUUGUGCAUCAGAUGUACAAAAGAUCUGGUACAGACCAAGCUAAAUUUGAUGUCAAUGUUGGAUUUCAGUUGUUAAAUGUUUUCCUACAUCAAGAAUCAAUGCUAUAUUUCGAAUUCAUUUGUAGUAUUGGAAGUUCUAGUACUUUCUACAAAGUUCUCGUUGACCAAGUUGCCUUUUAGUGAGAAGCAAACGGUUACCAGUCUUUAUCCUACGUGAAACAAACCGUUGCCAAUUAGACCUUCGACACAAUCCCAUCAUCCCUCAGCAGAGGCUCAGAACAGUUACCAUGGAUACGGAAGAGACAUAGUAUUCUGAGAUCAAUGCAGAAAAAGGAGGUGCUAUGUACCAAGACAGAAGCUAACAUCCUGCUCCAUCAGAGACCAAAUACAUGAAAGUAUGACAGGUCAUGGAGCAGCAGAAGCUUGCUAUAUGAGAGUCCAGCAAAGACCAAGCAGGGUUGAUACCUUCCAACACUGUGGGCCAUACAAUCCUGGUCUUGGCAUGACACACGAGAUCCUGUCAUGGGUUGGACCUCACCUGAUCUCAACAUGUCAGCACGCAGAUGUACUGCUAGUGCAGAGGUUGCAUGACAUGAGCACUGAAUAUGCUCAUUAUCAGCAAAUGGUAUUACAUAUCUAGCCCAAGCCAUCAUUGGACUAUGAGGAGAGAGUUAGCUUUGGCACUUGCAUGUACUCCAAUCCAAAGUAAAUCAAGAAACCUCAGGAUUUUACAAAUCUUUGUUAAUUUUAGUUUUAAGAUGUUUCAGAAUAUUAAGAUGUUAUUUUUGAUGAAAUUAAAGUUUGAUCAGUUUGUAAAGGAGAAUGCAUUUGCCAAGCUAACAAAACAAAUUGAUAAGACCAAGAAUACUCUCCACAAUGAACUGAUGACAAUAUCAACCGGGAGAGCCAUUGCUUUUAUCUCUCGUGUGAUCUGAACAAUUAUUGUCUGUGAUUUAUUUUUGGGGUAUUUUUGAUGUAUAAGUGGUGUAUGAGUGAUAUGGUUAUAUUUAUCAUUAUUUUUUAUUAUUUUUCAGACUAUGGAGAUUUUUAUUUUAUUUAUUUUGUGUGUGUUUAUGCUGCCAUCAGCUGGGCUGUACUAGAUUAAUUUUAAGGUAUUAUACUACGAGGCAAUACUGUGUGUACAUAAAUAGUUAAUGACAAGCGGUUGCAGCAUUCCUCAAUCUGAGACCACCUUUAGGGGUUAGACUGACAUCAACAUAAUACUGUAUACAUGUGUUCUCAUGAACAUUUUAACACUUUGGAAUAGGAACCAACUGUCAGAUGUAUAUUGUUAUCUGUAUAAACUGUGGUGUACUAAUUUCAACUUGCAUGCUACAAAUUUAAUGCCAUUAAAAUUCGUUGGAAACAAA